GCCAGAUCGCUUUGUCUAGGACGGUUAGGCAGCCGCCAAUGCCACUUCUCGUUUGUUUCCCCCGUUUGCACUGUGAAUCUGCGGACAUAAUGCUCAAUAUAAUAAUGGCCUGGGCUGCGGCCAUGUCACUUGCCAUCGCUGGCGCCGCUGUUCUUGUUCGGCGCUCCCCUCGCGCUGCUCCGCGUCAAGCUGCAUCCGCCGGCUUACUCUUCUGCCUGUCCACAUCCUCCCCGUUUGCGCCCGCGCAUGCGACACGGACGGCCAAUUUCCAUUCGCACCGAUCGGCAUCGCUCUACGCACCGCAGACAUGUCCAUUGAAUAGAGAUGCCAGUCCGGCCGCAAUUGGGCUUAGAUCCUUCCAUUCGACGUCGCAUCACUGGGAACGAGCGCCCCAAUUCGCCUACCACGUUGCCGCAUCCUACUCCGCAAAAGGCCACAAGUUCAAUGCUGAAGCCAAUAUCUAUACGGGCGACGCCUACAAUGCCACCAAGUACGACGUUACAAGUCUGAGGGAGUGCAAGAGAUGGAAGGAUAAGCGAAAACGAGCAAGGAGCGGGCAGGAUGCCUUCUUCUUCAGCCAGAUUGGAACCACAAGGAGCACUGCAUUUGGCGUAGCAGACGGCGUCGGGGGCUGGGUCGAGUCUGGCAUUGACCCCGCCGACUUUUCGCACGGCUUGUGCGAGUACAUGGCUUGCGCUGCGAGGUUGUGGUCGCAAGAAUCCAAGACGGCGUCGUUACAUCCGAAGGAUCUGCUUCAGGUGGGGUAUGACGAGGUCAUUGAGGACAAUAGCAUUGUCGGAGGCGGCAGCACGGCAUGUCUAGCGGUCGCAGAACCGGGCGGCAACGUCGAAGUCGCCAACCUUGGAGAUUCCGGCUUCAUGCACCUAGGAUUGAACGCGGUACGACACUUUACGCAUCCACAGACCCACGCGUUCAACACGCCGUAUCAGCUCUCCAAAACUCCCCAGCGCAUGCUGGUGCAGAUGGCGGUGUUUGGCGGUCCCAGCACGCUGUCCGACCUUCCGAAAGUGUCGAGCGUAACGCACCACAGAGUCCGCCACGGCGAAGUGCUAGUCUUCGCCACUGACGGCGUAUGGGACAAUCUGAGUCCGCAGGAUGUCCUCGGCAUCGUCAGCCGCAGCAUGGUUGAUUUUGGUGGAUGGGUGGACAGAGACGGCACUAUCGAUGUCGGCCACGAGCUACUCAAGCUCGCGCAAGCCGAUUCAGCUAGCAGAGCGGAUGGUACAUCAUUGCAGGCAAAGCUUGCUGCCGCAAUCGCAAAAGAAGCAAAGGAGACGAGCCUCGAUACGCGCCGAAGCGGACCUUUCGCCAAAGAAGUGCAAAAGCACUAUCCGGGGGAGAAUUGGCAUGGCGGAAAACCGGAUGAUAUUGCAACUGUGGUUGCGGUUGUGGUGGAGGAGCCGAACGAGUGACGGGGCUUCUGUAUCUGUAUCGUGUAAGCUGAUUUGCAUGGGCUGGCGUUGAAAGAGGUCAUAUGGCGUGCCUGCAUAGAGUCUGGGCGGAUCUUCUUGUUGGUUAGCACGCAUCGAAUUGUCUACUUUCUUGUACGUUUAAGCUAUGCAGCUAUGCGCAUACAAGUCCUCAUCUG